GAGUCGUGACUCCUGUCAACGCCGCGCGGCUUUCAACGUGGGCGACCGCGCGCUGAUAAAUGGAGAUGCUGCCCUGCUGUCGGGACGCGAUCACAAAUCACAAACAUGGAGGAGGAGAAGAGCAGCUGCUGCGCUUUCGAGGGAGGAGCGGAUCCAGAGGCAGAGGCAGACCUCCGGGAACACGGGGGCCAUCUCCUCAUUCGGCUCCAGAGAGAAAAGCGCAGAACACGGAUGGCGCAGUUUAUGGCCGCCGGGCUCCUCCUGCUGCUCUGCGGAGUUCUGGCGAUUCUCUACAGAAUCGCGACUCCAAUGGACUCUGCUCCAAACAACCUGAUCAAUCCUGAUUCUGGCAACAAAUCGACAGGCAUCUCUGAAAGGCAGCACUCACCAAAUGCGAAUGGGCCCCCCAGCGCCAUGCUGACAGUUCCAAAUGGUCAAAACACACAUGGAGACAUUCUUCUUUGGGAAACUGAAUUGGGAAAUGCACGCAUUCAAGGAGGAUUCAAGUACUCCAAUGGGAAUCUAAUCGUACCCAGAGACGGCAUCUACCGAGUCUACCUGCAAAUCACGUAUAGCUCAGAGUCUGCUGAGGCCAAUGGGCAGAGCGUCUGUAACAAAGUGAAUGUCAUCAGCCUUAGCUACGAAAAACGCGUUCCGCUCCUGUCAGCAUGCGACACAAUAGUGUUCAGCAAAACACCCUGGAAGAAAUCUCUCUUCACAUCUGGCUCAUUUCGCUUGUAUGCUAAGGACAAACUACUUGUAACCUCAUCUCAUUCAAACUACAUCUUUAGAAAUGAACAUGAGGGGUUCUUUGGAGCUGAACUUGUCUUUGACAAUUUGUGAUUGCUGAGUCUACAUAUGCAGUUGCUUCAAUUCAAAUUAAGCUAACCAGUACAGGUUUAUGGUUGACUUUAAGCCAUUAGUGCAGCACUGAGUAUAAUAUUCCCAUCAUCAAGCUAACUUCUUUUGCUCUUUUUCUUGCCAACAUCAGCUGCCUGACACUAAUGGAAUAAAAUUGCACUAAAAUAUGUGCUUUUUGCAGCAUAGCCAAGGCCAAAUUUCUUCAUAUACAGCAUAUUCACUUUUUUAUUACAUAUUGCACUUGGAAGAACUUUUUUCUCUCUUUAUGGACAGCUUUUAAUUUAUUAUAAUUUUAUAUAAAAUGGGGCUUAUCUUAGGCUUGGAAUUGUAUUUAUACUGUUUUAUUAUUAUUUCCAAACAGUCUUGAGCUUGAAGGGGAUUUACUGGAAACCUCGUUGUCACUGUUACAGAUAUUCAGGUCAUACAGUCUUUUCAAGCUAAUAUGACUUUUGCUUUCCUUCCUUUUGGGGGCUGGGAGUAUAUGUAAUAAAGCCACUUCAAGGAGGAGCUCCAGACAGCAGUAAUGAAGGAUUCAGUGUCUGGAAUGGGUGCCAGCUGACUUGGUUUGUUCCAAAAAAAAACAGGAAGUUGUUUCACUACAACCACAGUUUCGACAAAGCUACUCUCUGCAAAGCUGAUGUGAUUCAACUCACUGGUUUAAGCUUCCUUAAUAAGCACUGAGCACUAGAUCUAGAUUUAAGAAGCACAAAAUCUUCCAAACGCCUCUGUACUCAACCAACAUGUUAACUAAAUCAAAUGUACUGUUUUUACCUUCUUUUAAAAGGACUGUCUAAAAAUUGUUUUUAGUUUUUUUUAAAACGCUGGUGAUGUAAAUACAGAGGAUUUAUGCAAGGCUGUUUGAACUGAGGUUGGAUUCACUGCGUUGUUUGUUAGGAAAACUGAUGGUUAAUAGAAACCUGUUGAAGUAUUUCUUUGGCUCUUAUUAUUAUUUUUUUGCACCGAUGUUGCAGCUUUGGGAUUUGAUUGUUAUACUUCAUUAUUGAACUAAUCUCGUAGGGUGUUCUGUAAACGGUGUGACUUUUUCUUCUCAGAGUGCAAAUCUCAGAUGUGAAUGAUUGUGUGUGUAAUGUUGGUCAGGGUCUCUGCAAUAAACAUGAAAACCCCUCCUUCUGUAA